AUGGCUGCAGCUGCUAUAGUGAAAAGACUGCAAGGCAAGGUUGCGGUAAUCACAGGAGGAUCCGCAGCACUUGGUGAAGCCACCGUUAGACUAGCAAGAUGUAAGCGUAGCUGUGGAUUUAGCCAUGGAAAAGCUGGAAAACUUGACAUUAUGUUUAAUAACGCAGGAAUCACUGUCAUCCAGAAGGGGAGCGUGGCAGAGUAUGAGAUGGAGCAAUUCGAGCGAGUGAUGAACAUAAAUGUAAAAGGAGUAAUGCACGGCAUUAAGCACGCAGACCGUGUUAUGAUCCCCAACAAAAAGGGCUGCAUUAUUUCUACAUUUAGUAUAGCAUGUGUAAUGGGAGGACUGGCUACUUACUCCAACACAGCAUCCAAACAUGCAGUCAUUGGGCUGACUAAAAAUGGUGCAGUCGAACUGGGGAAAUAUGGUAUCAGAGUGAAUUGUAUUUUUCCUGCUGCUGUUGUCACAGAUAUGGUGAUGAAGUACCGUGGAGAGGCUCCUUCAGCAGAGGUAAAGGCCAAGCUGGAGGCCUCGUUAAACAGCCGGGCCACAUUAAAGAAGGCAACUCUUGAAGCAGAGGAUAUUGCAGAGGCUGCUCUUUAUCUGGCCAGUGAGGGAUCCAAAUAUGAACUCUCUCACCAGAUGGAGCGUGCAGGCUGCAGAGGGCAAGCUACGGUUUCAUCAGUUGAUGACCCUGGAGAUGGCGACGCAGAUGGUGGGGGAAGGGAUAUCCCGUAUUCUGAUCAUGCCUCCUGCGUUUGGUUAUGCGGGCCCGUUUUUGCCUCUGGUUUGUGUGUGAUUGCGGAUCGUUGUGAUGGGAGCGGCUCCUUGGCAGUAGAGUUUUUGUUUGGGGACGCCCAUUCCCUCAUAUGCUGCUCUUCUUAG